AUGGCACGCUAUCAACUCCGAAGGCCGUCCCCGGUCAAGGUCUUCCCAAAGCGCAUUCGUCAGGUCGAUCCUGUUGCAAGUACGAUGCCUGCUGCAGAAGCUGAAGAGGAAGAAGGCCCAGAGAGCCCAGAUUCACCAUUCAGCAGCCCAUCAACAGUCGGUGACAUAUCCGAGAGCGAGGAUUCGGAAUCCGAAGACGAGGCCGAGCCACCAUCACCAGUUGAAAGCGGUGCCACAGCUGCAUCUACUGCAACUCUGGAUGCCACUACAACCGUGAGUGCUACUUUAACUGUGGGUGCUACUUCGACUGCGAGUGCUACUUCAACUGCCGCUAUAUCAAUGUCAACCUCUUUAUCGGAAAAUAAAAGUUCGGCUACGGCUGUGCCUUCCUUCACCUUUGGCAGGCCAUCUUCAGGAAAGGAUGCACCGCAACCCCAGAUUACCGGGUCCACACUCUCAACUGCUGUUCGUCCUACCAUAACAUCAACCAUCAUCAAGGAGGUCAGACCAACAGAACCUCCGAAGCUGUCUUCGGCAAUGGCUUCAGUAUCUCUAGCUCCGCCACCUGUGAACACAGCUGAGCCAGAACUUUCCGGCGAGAGUAGUGUCCCCCAAAGGCUUCCACAACGGGAACAAGAGCCUAUCAUGACAAAAGACGCCAUGAUUGCAGCAAUAGUGUUGGGUGUACUUGGUGCAUUAGCGCUGCUUGUCGCUGGAGUAAUUUUCAUCAAGCGCCGCAAACGUAAGCACGGUUAUAUCGAUGCGGAUCCAUCAUUUGAAUCCUCCAAUCCUUACGCACCCGCCUCCAUCCCACCUCCAGAGACCGCACACGUAGGCACCGCAUCCUCGAUCUUCGCGCGUCUCAAUGGCGGCGACGGUGCUGGCGGAAACGGUCAUUUGACCCGAUCCACCGACCGCAGCAAUACACUAUUCGGUCCAGGCCCGUACUCCCGCCCCGAAACCGUUUCUACCGAGCGCUCAACCCGUGUACCACCAACGCCAAAUCCGUUUGCUGAUCCACCCCUCAACAAAGCGUACGAUGUACUAAACAACCGACCUAGAAGUACGACGCUUACGGAUCGAGGAAGUUGGCAGCAAAAUCCCUUCAAAAAUCCAGAGAGCGAGCGGUUCGAUCCUUUUGGAGAGUUGAAAGAGAAGGCCAGAAGGGAAAGGAUACGGUACGUGGAGGAUGCGAGACGAGAAGCCGAGUUGAGGAAGCAGAUGGAGCAGAAAGAGGCGAUGGGACUCCGGCCGGAUGGUAUACCGUGGGAUGGCGGAUAUCGGUGA